CUGCAAUGGCAUUGGUACAUCUGUAGUAGAGCUGCUGGCCUUCUCCAUAAACUCAAUGAUCAGCCGUAGCUGAGGAAAGUUAGCCCUAUCUUCAGAACGGCAAGGAGAGUGUAGAUCGGAGAGCUCCGACGGAGUAAGAUGACCAACCUCACGCUAGGGGCCGUCGGCAACGUAUAUAUUAGCUUCAAAGGCGCCAUCACGGCGAUACUCUGCACGCAAUUCCACGGCCGUUACCACCACGCCAGUGGCACCCGCCCGUCAUGAAGCUUCUCAUCGUCACCAUCGCGACUCUCCUCUUCUCUUUGGUCAAUGCCCAGACUGGCGUGCCCGAUGUCAACAGUCUUGCAGUGCAGAAGCAUCUCCGCUCGCGAUCUGCAUUGAUCGCGUUCGAGAAGAGACAGCGGCAAGACCACUUUUUCCGUCAAAACCUCUCUUCCGUAGCUCAGAAAGCAGACGCCAUCGUAGCCGCUAUUCGCCAAGAGGAGAUUGACAAUUACUGGAGAGUCCCUGGAACCCCCGACAAGAAUGAUACAGAUGAGAGGUUCGCGGGUGAGGUCUUCCCCAAAGCCCGGCCGUUGAUCAAUGGAACCAAGCUCUGGAACGUCGUCAAGCGCAUGCCAAAGGGUGCUCUUUUGCAUGCGCAUCUGUCGGCCAUGCUUCCCUAUGGCACCAUUCUCGAGACUCUCCUUCACACCGAAGGCAUGGUCAUCGCUGCAUCCCAGGAUGUCUCGACCGAGGAAAACCGCAGGAAUGCCUCCAUCUGGUUCGCUCACGUCAACCAUACCAUUGCGGGCAAUGAACCCUCCAUCCACUCGACGGACUAUGUGCCCAACACCCAGGUCCCCGUGGCUGUAGCGGCCAACUCUUUCCCCGGUGGUCAGCAGGGUUUCAUCGACUUCGUCAAGACCAAAGUCACCCUUUCUCCGGAACAGUCGAUUCGCCAUGAACUGGGGGUUGAUGAGGUCUGGCGCACUUUCCAGGCGGCUUUCGGACCGGCUGGUAGCAUGAUCUCGUAUGAGCCUAUUGUCCGGACGUUCUAUCAGAAGCUCUUCUCCCGUCUGGCGGCGGACCACAUCAACUGGGUCGAGAUCCGUGCUGGAGGCUCGAGUGGUGCGCUGGUCCACGAGGGUCAGGAAAAUGUUGAUCCGGACCUUGAUAUCUGGUGGAAUGUUCUGUUGGAGGAGCUUCAUAAGUUCCAGAAGACCCCUGAGGGUGCGGAUUUCUGGGGAGCGAGAGUCAUCUGGUCCGACAGCAGAGGAAAGAACCGUACCUUGUUGACAAAGAGCAUGGGAAUUGCUCUUGAGCGGAAGCGCAGACACCCUCAACUCUUCUCAGGCUACGACGUCGUCGCUCAAGAAGACCUAGGCCGUCCCCUUGCCGACAUGGCCCCCGAGUUGAUCUGGUUCCAGCAACAGGCCGAGGAGUCCAACCUGACUAUUCCUUUCUUCUUCCACGCGGGCGAGACCCUCGGUGAUGGCAACUCGACCGAUCUCAACUUGUUCGACGCGGUCCUCUUCGGCACCCGUCGUAUCGGCCACGGUUUCUCCCUGUACAAGCACCCGAGACUCAUCGAUGAGGUUAUCGAAAACGGCAUCAUGGUGGAAGUCUGCCCCAUCUCUAACGAAGUCCUGCGUCUGGCCACCGAUAUCCUUCAUCAUCCUCUUCCGGCGAUGAUUGCCCACGGUAUUCCGACGGCGAUCAGUAACGAUGACCCGGCUAUCCUGGGGCAGGACGCGGCCGGUUUGAGCUAUGACUUCUAUCAGACUAUUCAGGGCUUUGAUAAUAUCGGUCUUGCUGGUUUGGGUGCACUCGCGCAGAACAGUAUCCGUUGGAGCAAUUUCGAGGACCAGAGCGAGGUGGAAUGGGUGCGAGAUAUUGACUUUGGAGAGAAUGGCGACGGCAUCAAGGCCCAGCGUCUGCAGCAGUGGAAUACUAAGUGGGAGUCAUUCUGUCAGUGGGUUGUAGACGAGUACGGGAAGGACUAUGCCACGGAGAUCUGAUGGGUAGAGCGAUUAAUCAGUCCUUCACGUUAAAAUCUUACAUUAGCGAUAUCACGUAGCCUAUAUUGGUCUAACCUUGACUCUAAUUGUCUCACAGUUGGCAUGAGACUCAGUAAUCACAUAGGAUCGUGAAAUUGUAGUCCUUCAUCCACUCUCUCGAAGUCCAUACUGUUGGAUACCUUCCAGUCAAAUGCUAGAAUUAAGCAUCAUGUCAG